AGCUAAUAUGGCUGAACAAGAUGAUCCGCACACGAUCGAUGGGGAGAGUGUACGUUCGAGCUCCCCGCGGCGUCACAGCCACACCCCUUCAUGGGAAGCCUCUAGUCUGCUCUCCCCGGUUGGAUCACAGCGCGCAUCUUUAGACCACAAGUGCUAUACUCAAACACUUGUCAGCACACUUGCCAAUCCAGUUGAAGACGGAUGCAGAGCACAAGGAUCGGCCUCUACUGUGACCUCGAACUCGGCUAGCACAUUGAAUGAGGCAACAUCUACUCAGCUUCCGUCCCUUAAGAACCCUUUGGUGCAACACUGGAAGACUAUAGCAAUGAUCGUGGGUUUUAUUCUUGGUGGUCAGUCUGGCCUCGAACAACGAUAUCUACAUGAUCCUGACUGUUCCAGCGCUACUUUCUGCCUCGGGGCACUACUUGCUUGUCGGGAGCCUGGAUGGCAAGCUCACCGAGACGAGUAAUCUUACACAGGCUCAAGUUUCGGCUGUUUCCAUCUUUUUAACCACAAUAUUCAAGACUGCACUGACGGCC